AUGUACCUGAGCGUCACAGAUCAACCGGACUUGAGUAGAUGGAAUCAGCCCGUGGACCCUGAUGUUCUCAUAGCCAUCGUACGCAUUCAAGCCUAUUUCCGUGGCUAUCGGACACGUCUGGCCUUGUAUCUAAACAACCCCCGCAAUGUGAUAUCUCUCGUUCUGGCAACAGAUCAAGCAAACACAGAUGAAGCGGACCGUAGUGCCCUUGCGUCGGAAAUCAUAUCACAUUCUGAUUCUGGACAACUAUGUCGACGACUACUGGCGCAGGCCAAACGAGCAGGGGAUGGUUGGUUCAAGUGUACACAACUACUACAACACGCUAAUACGGAGAAUGAUGUUGGUCUAGCUUUGGUCAAAAGUCUUGUUCGAACAGGACAGAUAAAUUUCAUGCAGGAUUUGGAACACUUAGUCGCUUAUUGUGACUAUACCGGAACGUACAGUGAGUUAGGCCAGCCUGAGAUCAUGGUUGACACCAGUCCAUCAAGUGAAGCCCAUGUAAAACCAAACCGCGGAUGGAUCAAUCUGUUAUUUCGCCAAUUAAUCCAACCGCCCACAACCGAUACUAAAUCUCCCAACUGCCCAGUGCCAAUCCCAUUCUCAAUGCGGUUGAAGUGUGAACUGCGCGGAACUCAUGUACUGCUGAUAAACAAUGAUACGGGUGAAAAACUUGAACCGUCCGUGCGAUACCCAUCAAGUUGGAUUAAUCUGCACCCAACUCCUGGAGGAUACACUUUGCUCGGUUUGGCUGGUCAUGGCCCUGCACCCGGUGGAAACUGGCAUUUACGACUGUUCGGGCAUGGUAUAUACGGCGAUCAGGGUUUACCCAGGCUUCUGAAUGUGUUCUCGGUUAAGAAAGGCCUGUGCUGCGUAUUCAAUCAGAUCGAAGCGUCUGACUACUAUGCGCCCAACUCCCAUGGCCUGCUGUUUAGCCGUCAGCUACAGACGGAAACGGAACAGCUGAUCACCGUACAUUUGAGACUCUCAUCUCCGAACGUUCCUGUACAACUUACUAUUAGAUGUGGCGAUUCGACUAUACCUCUUACCCGAGCUCAAGGCGUCGGGGAGGCGAUAAUUUUGAGCUAUCUAAUCAAGCCGGAACCUGAUUCAAACACAGGUGAACAGAAUGUGAAUAAUGAUGGAGCGAGUGUCAGGGAGAAUAACAAGAUCCUGGGAUCCGACACACGCGACUUGACAGAAACCAGAACGGCAUCAAGUAAACCAAGCCUGAAAUCUGGUUCCCAGGGCCGUCCAACACAAUUAAAGAAGUCUACUCGGGGCUCAUCAAGCCCUGGAGCCCCUUCGGGUGACAAACAAACAGCUCGACCAACAGCCAGUUCGCAUUCUUCCCGCAGUCGAAGUGGGGAUAAAACAACCGCUUCUCAAUCCCCAUCCCAUACGCGUCACCGUGGUGGAUCUCAAUCCCCGAGUCAACCACAACAAGCACGAGAUCGACGAGUGUGGAUUGAAGCACACGUGGACAAAUCUCAGUGGCCUCUUAGUAUGCGCAAUUGGUCGUUCCUUGAAGAAAUCAGACGGAAUCAACUUCACGAGUAUUUAGUCUCCGCCAGCUCACGCACAACCGCAUCCAACGGAAAGCUGUCCGACUUGGCCGGUUCAGUGGAGCGAUCAGUAAAACCUUUACCGACUUCGAAACAGAAUAGUAACCGAAGUAAGCAACAAACUGGCCGCGUUCCAUCAGCCAAACUGGAUGAAAAUCAAGCGCACUGGAAACUGCGUAUUUUGGUUGAUUCAGGAGUAAGCUCAAAUUUAACAUUCUUGUUUCUUUGCACAGAUGAAGCUGAUGGUGAUGGUGAGAAGAGCACCUCUGACGCGAUUGAAAUGUCUGCGAGUAAAUCGGGCUUCAGGAUUACUUGUAAGUUACUAUGGUAA